AGUAGCCAAACACUGCCAAAUCGCCAAUUGGAGAAAAAUCACAAAAUAUUCUUUCGAGGAAAACGGGUGUCUCAUAGUUUCUUACACACGUGUCUUUCAGUCAUCACCAGACGUGGUCCGGGGCGCACGGACAGUCGGCACUGUUACAGCGUGUAGCAUCAGGUCCAUGAUGAAGGGUCCAGACACAGAAACAGAGGUUGUGGAGGACAAUGGCUCAUCACCAGUAGUAGAAGAGAACACAGAGGAACUCCCCCCAUACCUUCGGGAAGAGCCGCCUGAAGACCUGGACAAGGACCACCCAAAGGCGGCGGUUGCGGAGGCGGGCGUGAUCUGGCGGGUGACGGGCGGGCUGUUCAGCAUGACGCGGGGCGCGGUGGGCGCUACGCUGGGCGGCGUGGCCUGGGUGGGCACCAAGAGCUACGAGCUGACCAAGACGGCCGUCACCAGCGUGCCCGCCGCCGGCGUGGGCCUGGUCAAGGGCAGCGUCUCCGUGGUGACCGGGGGGGUGGGCGCCGUGGGCUCCGCCGUGGCCAGCAAAGUCACGCCAAAGAAGAAGGACAAGGCUGACUGAGGGGCUGAGGUCAAAGGGUUAGAUCGGUUAGUAACACAUGAAAAAUGCAGUGUGUAUUCAACACUAAGGGAGUGAAUUGAACACCUUCUAGAGAAAGAAGUUUACUACACACUUAUUUGACUUUCAUUAAUGCCUGAGCGAACUUGAUGACGCACAGAAGCAAAACACGUUGUUCGCUCUGAAUAAACGAGCAAAAAGUUAAAUAAGUGUGCAGUAAACACUCCUGCGUUUACCAGUACCUAGAAGCUGUGUGCAUGGAUCUUUGAACUGAUACCUUCUAGAUUGUAUUUGGUUCCAGAGUACUCUCUACGUGUUGAAUUAACACUGCAUUUUUACACAGCGUUCAACCAACCAUUUCAAACCGAUUAGUUCCAAUCAACCUGUUAAACUUUUUAAUCCAAUUUGCCAAUUCAAAUCGAUCAGUCAAAUAGACUACUUACACCGGUUAGUUCGCACCAGGGCUGGUUAUCUGGAAAGCGCAGUCGCUUACUAUGUUAGCUACUGUGUUGGUUGCAAUGCAAUUUCCCAUUGGCAACUACUGAAGUUGCUAACUGCUAACAACUACGCUUUCCAGAAAGGCACUUCAGACCUGACACCUUCUCUUUCGCAUCUUCUCAAUGUUCUCUGUCUGCCUUCUAUGUCUGUGUCUCUUCAUUCAAUCAAUCAGUGAAACAGCUUUGUUUUGUUAUUUUGGUACAAAAAGAAUAAUGUGAGUUUUAUUGGAAACAAUCGGUCACUGGGGUACUUGUGACCAACCCAAUUUAAUAUUUAAUUUCAUUUCCCUUUGUCUUUAUAUUUUCACUUUUUGGUCUAUCUUUUAUUUAUUUAUUUCUGGGAGAAGACUGUAUGGUAUGGUGUUCUGGUGUAUGCAGGAUUGCAUAUGCGUAGAUUUGAGUGCUACUUGAUACUUGUUUCCUUAUACCGGUACGCUUGUAGACACUUCUUUCUAGACCUUCUUGACGUGAGCCCUCAAACAAGUGUUCUGAGCCUUUUUGUUCAUGAUGCCGGGUGUUGAUAGCAAUGUAAACCGUAGCACAGUCAAUCCUUUUUUACCCACCGUUUGUCUACUGACUCUACUCAUGACAUUAGCUGAAUACAUUAUACAUAUAAAACUUACAGGUACAAAGAAAGAAAUGUUCUCUACUUUCUCUGGUUAAAGCUCAGUUGUGGUUGGGGUCCAUUUUUUCCGUGUUGGGAGUUGGGGUGUGAUGGUUUGAUCCAUCUGUCUUUUCACGAUGGGUGCGUUUCAAUAUGCAACCUUGCGUCCUCCACUUGUGCUUGUGGCCUCGUACCAGGAAAUAAUAUGUCAUGAUGACAUCACUGACAACAGCAUUAUAUUUCAAUAUCUCGCAAAAGCUCAAUUGUUAAGUCAUUUUCUCAUUUGCAAACUGGUUGGUGAAUGAAGAAUAGUCCCCCAAAAGUUGUUGUGGCUAGGCUCACAGCAGGGAAACUUUAUUGUUUUCUCCACAGAGGAGGGGCUAGAAGGCGGGGCGAUGCCACAAGCACAAGUGGAGGACGCAAGGUAGCAUAUUGGAAUGCACACAAUGUUUAGGGAACAAGGGAAAGGAGUCCUGGCAGUCCAGUCGAGGGAAUCAGUGUCACACCAUUUUCAAUCACGCUGGCAGACACAUAACCAUCCCAUUAGGAUGAUGAAUGAUCAGUAUUGUCGAUCUGAUGCAAACAAACAUAAAUGUUGAGAGGGAUUUUGAGUACAGGUUGAUGCAGUGAUCCAUCAUACUCAUCUGUCUGAUGUGGUGCUGGGCUGGGCUCAUUAUGCUGGCUGCUCAUAAUUAGCUGUUUGAUUUAAAUAUGUGUGAGGCCGGGGGCAGGGGGCGGCGUGCCAACUUUUGCUGUGAAUGAAAUGCUGUGCGUGUUUUUCCUUUGUUUCGUGUAAGGUCAGCAGUAUUAUUAUUAUUCCAUAUACUUUAGUAAUAUGUCAAGUUUAGACACAUUAAGGUGCAAUCUCCACAAGUCAACACAACUACUCUGUCAUCAUGACAAAAAUCCUUCUCUGACCAUUUAUUUUCCGUUGUUGUUUGAAAUGUACAGUAUAUCCACGUGCCUCAACUUUUAAAUACCGUAAGUAAUGACUUGUUAGAUAUACAAGUCCUUUGGAACAUUCCUGCCCCCUGUUACACUGUUGUGCAGUCUCAAUGCACUCACUUCUGAUUAGUCUGAAAAGAAAAUUACUUGCGAAGACAAACCUGGCAGUUAUCCAUCUCAGCAGUGUUUUUAUAGGGGGCCGCUUUUGCAACAAGUAGUAGACUUGAAAUGUUUUGUAUGAAAAUGAUUGUGUUGUACUCUCAAUUCUCAAAACGUACGUAUGUUUGAAAGGUCCUAAAUCUUGUUGUUUUCCGUGUCUUCACAUAUUCUUUCCCUACAAACCUCCCAUUGCUUUUUGACUUGUCUAUUUGAGGAUAAGAACACUGCAUGUUUCAAGCCUGUAGACUUUAACUUAUUACAAACCUCUUUCAUUUUUUAUGCUUUUUAUUCCGUGUAUUUAUUGUCUGCAGAUGUAUUCCCGAUAGAAUGCUUAUGUCAUGGAAACUCUGUUACAAUAAGCCAGACUUUUAAGACCAGGUAGAUUUUGUCUAUUAUAGAACUAUUUUUGCUAAAUCUGUUGUAUUCUAUGAAUAAAGUGACUGUAUUUUAAAACGUGCUGUUGGUGGACACUUUUUAUUCACUUUGCUGGAUGUUAUUUGAUGUAUUCUGUAGACACAGCUAAGUCAAUAAAUGUACUGAAAGAGUUUUCUA